AUGUUGCUAGCUUCAGACCCCAACGGCAAGGAGGAGCUGUUGACGGGCUCGAUGUGCUAUUGGGAUGGUACCUUCGGGUCUCCCCUGGCUUGCGGUGCUAAUAUCGAACGGUUGACUGCCGUCUACGGCGCAUGGUUCAGGGGUCAACUCACAUUGCCAAUUAGUUGCCAGAUGGCCCCUCCAGCUAACUUUUCAAGCCUAUACGAAUACAGCUCAAAGUACAUGGGAUUAGAGACAUCAUCACGGAAGCAAGCAGGAACUUUUGGGGGGGGGGGGGGGGGAAGCUACAAGCUUGAUGUUGGAAGUUGGGACUCUCACACCAAGAGAAUGCAUGACACCGGAUCCAUGCUAUACGAUGCUGCAAUUGACUUCUUCAGCAGUCUGCAACUUGCCGCUAACUAGUCUUUGUAACCUUUUUAGAACCAAGAUGCAGAAUGGUGUUUUGCAGUUGGCAGUUUGAUUACAGACGGCUAAAGUCCGAACAUUUACCGAUCACCAAUAUGCAUGGGUUUGGUUCUGAUAUGGGAUGAACAAUUUUUACUGUGCCCGGUUUCUUUGAUCGUCAGUGGCAAAAACCAACGGAUAGGGUGAAUCUUGGAAUGGGUUCAAACAUGAAUCGAGGUGGUAAUUAUUCUGGGGCCCCGUUUUCUGGCAGAUGAACUUUCUUUCUGGUCUGAUCAGCCAGGACUUAAAACACAACCCCGGGAACGAGGCCUUGAAUGACAAGCCGAUCUACCCCUACGCAGGGGUAGAAAGGGUUAUAUGCAGCAGGGUCUCCGUUUGGCAAGCCUUGGGUUAAAGUUGGCUGUCACAACAUCUGUUGAAGGCGAAUAAUUGGCCAACGCGAAAGGGUCGCUCCGCUGUACAUGCAGAAGAUGAUCCGGAGUCUUCUCGGAGCCCUAGACACCAUAUAACCGGAAUCUAGUCCAGUCAGUUAGUAGAAUAUCGCACAACAGUAGUCAGUGGAAGCUGAUCUUCUUCCUGCACCUGCAUUGCCAAUCCCUUCUAUCUGGCUUUGACGAUGGACUUGCUACUCGCAUAGUCUCUUUCGAGAAGAGGGAUCGAACAAUAAAUAACAUGAGACUCACAAAGUGGGCGCUAAGACAAAAGCAUCAGUCACUAGAGGGCUCCAGUUGGGGCUAAACACUGCUGUUGUUCGGGAGUUUAGGCCCCCAGGAACUCCUACCGCAUUGUUGCUACUCCGUACUUCGCUAACUAUCCUCAGGUAACGCUACCCACAUCCUGCUCUUCAGUUCUGCACGCAAACGAGAAGCGAAGUGGAUUCUCGGGUAGUUAGUCCCUUUCCUCAAGCCGUGAAGGAGGGUCAAAGAGAGGGGGCCAUAAGCUCGGCCCGACAAACAGGUUCUGGUAUAACCGUGUUGACGUAUACCUGGGGUUAGCUAAUGCAUUCUAAUUAGGCAGAUGCAACAACUACGAGGGGAUGCAUGAUGUAGCCCAGAGAGACAGCAAGCGAUCAUGUCAAACUGGCCUAAAGGCGAGCUUCUUCCAGAACAGUAUAUAGAAGAAAAUCGAGUAUGAGGUAAGCAAGUCAGCAUGUCAGAAGAAGCAAGCAAAAGUAAACAACUCAUGUAAAGGAAGGUGUCCGAAUCUAAAUUUCCUCGAACAAACCAUCUGGGAGAUGGAUCGACACGUCGGAGGGUCCCGGUAAGCCUUCAUUCGUCCCAGGGACUCUCCUUCAUAAGAAAACAGUGGCAAGGCCUGAGGGGAAAAAAGUAAAGAGAGGCGAUAAUAUCCAGGAUAUGCAAUCGGCCAUAAGGCUUAUGCAAGGACUGGCUGCAAUUGGAAUAGCGUUGCCAAAUGGGCUGAGCGAGGGUACUCAGGAAUGCAAAGGGGAUCAAGAGAGGCAGCAAGGAGGAAAAUGCUGGCUAGACUAGCUAUGGGGUGCAGAGUCUGCACAUUCGGCCGUGUUGUAUGCAUGAUUGAUAACUGUUGGAUAUACAUACACUUGGAGUAAGUAAAUAGACGUACGGAGUACGUGCCCCCUUUACGCUCGAUGCAAGGGAGUGGGUAAGCUGGCGACUAGUCAAACACCAGCAAUCCCCUCCAAGACAGUCUUAUCUACAGAGAAAGAUAAUAAAAAUAGAGAAGAAAAGCUGCACGCUAAUAGAUGAUAUCAAAGCCCAAACAGCCACCGCCUAUCACUUUUUGUUAUUGUUUUGUUGUCGUUGUUGCUCCUUCCAAAAAAGACGAUC